AUGAAAAAACUGCAAAUCUGCGUUUACAUCUACCUGUUUAUGCUGAUUGUUGCUGGUCCAGUGGAUCUAAAUGAGAAUGGAGAGCAAAAGGAAAAUGUGGAAAAAGAGGGGCCAUGUAAUGCAUGUACUUGGAGACAAAACACUAAAUCUUCAAGAAUAGAAGCCAUAAAAAUUCAAAUCCUCAGUAAACUCCGCCUGGAAACAGCUCCUAACAUCAGCAAAGAUGCUAUAAGACAACUUUUACCCAAAGCUCCGCCACUCCGGGAACUGAUUGAUCAGUAUGAUAUCCAGAGAGAUGACAGCAGUGACGGUUCUUUGGAAGAUGAUGAUUAUCACGCUACGACGGAAACAGUUAUUACUAUGCCCACAGAGUCUGAUUUUCCAAUGCAAGUCGAAGGAAACCCCAAAUGUUGCUUCUUUAAAUUUAGCUCUAAAAUACAAUACAAUAAAGUUGUAAAGGCCCAACUGUGGAUAUAUCUGAGACCCGUCAAGAUACCUACAACAGUGUUUGUGCAAAUCCUGAGACUCAUCAAACCCAUGAAAGAUGGUACAAGGUAUACUGGAAUCCGAUCUCUGAAACUUGACAUGAACCCAGGCACUGGAAUUUGGCAGAGCAUUGAUGUGAAGACAGUGUUGCAAAAUUGGCUCAAACAACCUGAAUCCAACUUGGGCAUUGAAAUCAAAGCUUUAGAUGAGAAUGGUCAAAAUCUUGCUGUAACCUUCCCAGGACCAGGAGAAGAUGGGCUGAAUCCCUUUUUAGAAGUCAAGGUAACAGACACGCCAAAAAGAUCCCGAAGAGAUUUUGGUCUUGACUGCGAUGAGCACUCAACAGAAUCACGAUGCUGUCGUUAUCCUCUAACUGUGGAUUUUGAGGCUUUUGGAUGGGACUGGAUUAUUGCACCCAAACGAUACAAGGCCAAUUACUGUUCUGGAGAGUGUGAAUUUGUAUUUUUACAAAAAUAUCCUCACACUCAUCUGGUACACCAAGCAAACCCCAAAGGUUCAGCAGGCCCUUGCUGUACUCCUACCAAGAUGUCUCCAAUUAAUAUGCUAUAUUUUAAUGGCAAAGAACAAAUAAUAUAUGGGAAAAUUCCAGCUAUGGUAGUAGAUCGAUGUGGGUGCUCAUGA